AUGCUGCGCCUCGGCCGCUGCCUGCCGGGCCUCGGGCCGCUCUGCCUCGCCGGCAGCCGCGGCAGCUUCGCCCGCUCCCGGCUGCCGGCCGGUGAGCGCGGAGCCCUGUCCCGGCAGGUGCGGGCGGCGGCGGCGGGCGGCGAGCGGCUGCCGGUGCUGAAGACACCCAAGGGCACCCGCGACCACCCGCCGGCGCAGGCGGCGCUCCGUGAGCGGCUGGUGAGCGCCGUGGUGUCCUGCUUCAAGCGGCACGGCGCGGCCGCCAUCGACACCCCCGCGCUGGAGCUGCGGGAGACGCUGGUGGGGAAGUAUGGGGAGGGAGCGAAGCUCAUCUACGAGCUGCAGGACCAGGGAGGGGAGCUGCUGGCCCUGCGCUACGACCUCACCGUGCCCUUUGCCCGCUACCUGGCCAUGAACAAGAUCACCAAGAUGAAGCGCUACCACGUCGCCAAGGUGUACAGGAGGGACAGCCCGGCCACCACGCGUGGCCGCUACCGCGAGUUCUACCAGUGCGACUUUGAUAUCGCCGGGCAGUUUGACCCGAUGAUUCCCGAUGCCGAGUGCCUGAAGAUCGUGCACGAGAUCCUGAGUGACCUGCAGCUCGGGGACUUUGUCAUCAAGGUCAAUGACCGUCGGAUUUUGAAUGGUGUGUUUGCUGUCUGUGGUGUUCCAGAGAGCAAGUUCAUACCUGCCUGCUGCACCGUGGACAAGCUGGACAAGGUGCCAUGGGAAGAAGUGAGGAGUGAGAUGGUGGGAGAGAAGGGGCUCUCUCCCGAGGCUGCGGAUCGCAUCGGGGAGUAUGUGCAGCUCCACGGUGGGCUGGAGCUGAUCGAGCAGCUUCUGCAGGACCCAAAGCUGUCCCAGAACAAGGUGGCCAAGGAAGGGCUGGGGGACAUGAAGCUGCUGUUUGAGUACCUGACCCUGUUUGGCAUCACCGGGAAGAUCUCCUUCGACCUGAGCCUGGCGCGGGGCCUGGACUAUUACACGGGGGUGAUCUUUGAGGCUGUGCUGCUGCAGCAGGAGAACGAGCACGUGGAGGAGCCGGUCAGCGUUGGGAGCGUGGCCGGGGGCGGCCGCUAUGACGGGCUGGUGGGCAUGUUUGAUGCCAAGGGCCGCAAGGUGCCCUGUGUGGGGGUCAGCAUCGGCAUCGAGCGCAUCUUCUCCAUCCUGGAACAGAGACUGGAGGCUUCUGGGGAGAAACUUCGAACAACUGAGACCCAAGUGCUGGUGGCUACACCUCAGAAACACCUGCUUGCUGCCAGAAUGAAGCUCAUCUCCGAGCUGUGGGAUGCAGGGAUCAAGGCAGAGAUGCUGUACAAGAAGGAUCCUAAAUUGCUGAAGCAGCUGCAGUAUUGUGAGGACACAGGGAUCCCCCUUGCUGCCAUUGUGGGAGAGCAGGAGCUGGCAGAUGGAGUUGUCAAGCUGCGAGAUGUUGCAACAAGAAAGGAGGUUGAUAUCCCCAGAGAAAAGCUUAUUGAUGAGAUCAGGAGAAGGCUGGAGCCCUGAGGACUUCCCUGGCUGGAGCUGCUUGGCAGAGCUGCUGCACCACUGGAGCCCUGCAGCUGCGGUCUGGGGACAUCCACUGCCCUGAGGCUCAUUGCCUCGGCUCGGGCAGUGAGAACUGAGGAGCAGGACGGUUUCAAAGGCUAUGGACGGUGCAGUCACCAGGUUAACCUCCUGGUUAGCUUCUCUGAAGGCCACGUUUGUGGGUUCCUAAUGCUGCAGUCCCUGUACAGCCAUUCCUGUCACUGUAGGGGGUGGUGGCACAGGUGGAUGCGGUGAAGCUCAAGCAGGAGCAGGUGGAAUCCGGGUUUGGGAGGGGGAAUCCGUGGUGUGUUGGGCACCGGCCAGCUCAGGCUGGGGCAGUGGAAGGGCACCCCCGCCCCAUUGGGGCAGCGGGGCCGGGCCAGCCCGCAGCCGGGCGCGGAGCUGCGGCAGCGCCCUGGAGGAGGUUGUGUCCCAUCACCGGCUGGAGCAGCUGCGCGGGCCGGGGCGCGCGUGGGAACACUGUAUUUUUAUAUAUUAAACAAAACCCCCGAUAAUCACCCCAAA